AUGGCUGCAGCGGGCGAUAUCAUGGAGGCGGAUAGGAUCAAUGCUGAAAGCUGUGAUGGAGAGAUGCUAACAUCAGAGAUUUGUAAGAAGGAAAGUGCUAACAUCUCCAUAUACCGCUGGCGAUAUCAUGGCAGUACAUGGAAGGCGGAUAGGAUCAAUGCUGAAAGCUGUGAUGGAGAGAUGCUAACAUCAAAGAUUUGUGAGAAGGAAAGUGCUAACAUCUCCAUAUACCGGUAUAACGAGUCCAUUAUUUGCAUCAAACAUGAUAUUCCUGAUUCUAUGGCUGCAGCUGGCGAUAUCAUGGCAAUACAUGGAAGGCGGAUAGCUAUGAUCAAUGCUAAAAGCUGUGAUGGAGAGAUGCUAACAUCAAAGAUUUGUACAGACUAUACUGGCGGUAGUAUCUGCAGGAAUUACAGUACAUGGAAGGCGGAUAGGAUCAAAGCUAAAUGCUAUGAUGGAGAGAUACUAACAUCAGGGACUUGUGAGAGGGAGAGAGAAAGUGCUAACAUCUCCAAUGUCGAUGGUAUAUUGAGUUCCAUCAUUUGCAUCGAAUAUGGCACUCCUGAUUCUAUGGUUGCAGCUGGACUUGUAGUCGAUUAUACAGUACAAGGAGUUUUGCAAGGAUCACGCGAAAGGCCUUUAAAAAGUACAAAUGAAAGGUCUUUGAAGCACAGCAGAGAUCCUAAAAUGAUUUUAGGACUCUAUAGUCGCUGCUUGAGUAUGCUGCAAAUCACGAUAGGCGUUGUCGAUUUACUACCAUACGUUAAUUAA